UAUCGGUGAAUAUUGAACAUAGUUUGAUCUUGUUAGGGUUUUUAUUAAUAAUCUGUGUCAGAUGCUGAUAGACACUGAAUGAAAUAAAUUUUACAUUCUCUUAUAAGUUGAUGGAUAUCCAGUACUUCACGCUUUUCUUCGAUGGUUGACUUCUGAAUUGGAGUUUUAAUUAACGAUAAAAAUGGGGACGCCUAAUUGGGCGACCUAUUUUGAUGGAAUCGAACCCGACUACCCAGGGAGACCAAGGGAGGAUAAGCAUUAUGGAUACUGCCCUCAGCAAACACAGGACACUCGAAAACGAAAGCAAGGAAUGGUAUUUCCAGAAGACACAUUUAAACUGCAAGACCUAGAAAACAUUCAAACAGCGACUGGAAGAAUAUCAACCUCCGGUUCUUGGAGAAGUACUUCCGGUUCCCGCCCGCCUUGUUCUCAUCCUACGAGUCCCAGCUAUACUUCAUCCUCUAUUGUCAGUGACGUUCAGUACGUGCCCCCAGUGUCUGCGAACCAGGGUAGGGCUUUACCCCCGAUACCCGUGGAAGCGGAUGGUUGUGUACACUCUGGGAGUGUUCGAUCCUGUAGUGAUCGUUCACAACCAAAAUCUCCAUUACAUUUAAAACUGUCUCCAAAUUACAGUAACCGGGAAUUGCCGCUUAUUCCCGUAGAACAUAGAAAGAAUAUACACAACGAGUCAAAAUCUAAACGGAAAAGGCAACAUGGAGAGAAAAGUACGAGACGAUCCCGCAAAAAACCCGGGGACCAUGAUCCAGAAACAGCAGUGGUAUUAACUGUAUCUAUAAGGAAUGGAAAACAUACAAAGAACGUGCAUCAUUCCAAAAUGUUAAAUAACAAUAUUGAUGACGGUUUUACUUCGACGUUCCACGUCAAAAAGCCCUUGGAAAGUACCCUAAGUCGAGAACGUGCUGCGAAGGAAGCUGACAAAAUUACGGUUCCUCUGCGUUCCAGUGUGCGCAUGAGUCGGAAGCGGUGUCUCGUUCCCAUGGUUAUCAUUACAAUUUUAAUUUUGGCAGGGUUAUUAUCUGCUGUUGCCUUCAUCUUACUAAGACCAUUACAAGAAGAAUCAUCAUCUGAAGAAAAGGACGGUUUAGUCAUGAUUUUAGCAAUCACGCACAUGCGCAUUCUCAACAAAAAAUUUGUCUCAGAGAUGUCCAAUUCAUCGAGCCCCAAGUUCCUACAGUUCAGUAGCGCUUUUGAAGAUGAUAUCAAUGAUGUCUUUCUCAGGAGCAACAUAAGCAGAUAUUUUUAUGGCACAAGCUUGAAUGCGCUAAGAAAUGGUAGCAUUUAUACGUACAGUGAUCUUUCUUUCCAAGACGUUGAGCAUCUACGAGAUCCGUCCAUUAUUCAGAAUGUCCUUCGGGAUACCUCAGCCCCUUUUACUUACAGAAAUAUGAAAGCCAUUCGUAUUGGAGACAACAUUGUUGAUUACGACAGUAUUCAUGUAGAUUUGUCAUUUGUUAACGUUGACAAAUUUCCCGAUAAACCAAAGCUCAAAGAGUUACGGCGAUUUAUAGAGGAAGUGCGAGAAACCAAAAAUUCCGAAGAAGCCAUUCAAAAAACAACAGAGAGACCUAAAAAGAUACAGCAUCUUAUUCCAGAGUUUAGUAAGAAAAAACCACUUAUCCCGAUAAAGGUCAGCAUGGAGUCGACAUCUGUUGUCGAGAAUGAAGAACCGGAAGUUAUCAAGUCUGUUCCAGAAACUACAACUUUCUCAAAUGAUGUAUCAAAUAGGCUGGAAGAAGUGACAACAGCAAUGCCUCUCAAUAAGGGCACAACAACAUUCGUGUCAAAGUCAACAACAGAUGGGGCGAAAUCAAGUACAGAAAUUAGUGGUUUUACAACAUCUUCAUCAGAAACAACAUCAAAAAUAACAACGACAACAACAACAUUGGCGUCAACAACAAUAUCAACUACAAGAACAAAUGAUCCUAGAAAUGAAAUUGAUCAAUCAUCAAACAAGGAAAAUGAAUCCUUAACAACCCCUUCAACAACGAAAACUCCUAUAUCAACGCCAUAUGUGAAAGUGACAACAGAAACAGAAGCGGUCGGAACAACAGGUGACCAUAAUGCCACGGUCACGUGUAACUUUGGUAAUCUGGAAGACUGGAAAUUCCUCAUCAUUCGGAAUAUGCCAUACAAGGGAAAACCCUAUCUUGUUAUGAAUUUAACUUCUGACGAAAUGAUCACAAUUCCUCCUGAAAUCAAAGAUAGACUCUAUUUGAACCUGGAUGUUAAUAGCGUUUCCGGUACGAUUCGUAUCAGCUUCCUGUUGCAAUGUGGAGAUCUUGGAAGAUACGAGUGUAAAGUACACAAGGGAGAUUACUCGUUUAUAGGUGGCGGCGAAUUAAAAUUGUUACCUACAAAACCCAAAGUUACCUUGCCCGUGGAAAUCAUUGAAGGCAAAGCAUUACAAGAGCCGCUAUUGUGUACAAUCAAUGUCGGAUUUCCAGCGGUAAAAUCUGAAUUUGAAUGGCUGUUCAAGGCGCAAGGAAUGGAUUCAUUUCAAAGAAUAGGCAAUACUGACAAUAGUCCUAAGAGAAGCGGCGUAUGCGGACAAAUCAAGACAAUACGACUCGAGCUGAAGGAGCCACCAAUGGUUAAUGACGUCCAAGUGAAGUGUGUGGUCAAGCGAGCAAAUGCCGGACUUUCUUCCUUAGCUCUAGAGGAUGUUGCAACCAUUGAAAUUGUUCCUAGCAGUCUUUGUAAUGGCGUUAGUGAUAAUACCUUGAUUAAACAUCCCUACACGUGUGAUAAGUACGUACAGUGUACAAACACAGACAUGCAGGUCAAACAAUGCCCAGACAAUCUGUGCUUCGAUCCGACAAGUCAAAGAUGUGGACAAACAGGCCUUGAAAUGACAUCAGCAGAUGCUUACUUGAAUGAAGGCGUGACCUUGCUUUCUUGUCGAUUGCUUCAUGUCGGUGCAUGGACGUCAAUAUCCAUCUACAAACAUGCCUCUAAUGGAAACAAAUCAAGGAUUCUCAUUGCUUACAACGAUUCCACCAAUCCAGAAGUGGAGAAGGAAGUUAGCCAUCGCUUCAGAGCUACCAUCGAUAAACCUUCCAAGUAUGAGGUUAAUAUUACUUUGUGGGUCUAUUCCUUGGAGUGCAAGGAUGAAGGUCAAUUUUCCUGCACGGCCGAUGUACCAUUUGCAGUUCCUGAAGCAUUCGGCAGACUAAAUAUUAAAGCAAAACCGGAUGUUCCUUCAAUUACGAUACCUACUGAAAUAAUUGACAGCCGAGAACCAAGGGAGUGGUUCAAAUGUGAAGGAAACGUGGGAUACCCUAAAGGGAAGAUGUAUUGGGAAAUCAGACUAAGGGGGAAUGCUGAGUUUACAAAUCAGAUACCAUUCCAAACCAAGCGUGAUCAUGAAAAUACAACUAACUGUAAAUCGUACGUCACGAACGAAUUCCGUUUCACACCAAAUAAAAAACAUGAUGGAAUGGAAGUGAGAUGUGUUGUUGAAAACCAGGACACAAUGCCCAGUGGCAGACGACUUUAUACCACAAAGAAAAUUCAUGUGAUUCCAGCUAACUUUUGUGCAGGCAUAUCACGUGACAAGCGUGCGCAUCCUAACAACUGUUAUCAGUAUAUACAGUGUCAUGAUGGCUACACAUAUGUACAAAGGUGUAGUAUAGGGCUCUGUUUUAACCCGGAAACUCAAGAAUGUGAUAUUAGACAGGAAAAGGAAGUUGACGUGAUUGAUCCAGAAUUCCCCUGCAAACCAAACAGAAACGGAGUAUAUUUCCCUCAUGAUUCAAUCUGCAACAAGUAUAUAUGGUGUGUCCAAGGUCAAGAGGUCAUACAGCACUGUCCCUUGGGGACACAGUAUUUUAAGGAUGGUCAAUGUACUUUUGAAGAAGACAAAUUUCAUUGCAGUAGAAAUUCUACCUCUGCUUAAUAAUUAAACAUCCAAGGCCAAAGUGAUUGAACACCGAAGCUUUUCAUCACCGUCAUAUGUGAUAUGUUUCUUAGAGUCAUUGCUAAUUUGACAUGCUUGACCAAGUGCUGAUGCAUAUGUAUGAAAGAAUUUUGUGUUUGCAAUCUGGAAUCUGUUUUUGAAAACGCAGGAGUUGUGUAUUCAAAAAUAAUCCUUGACAGAAGACAAGUUUUUCAUUGAAAUUGAAUACUUUUAUACACGGACAUGCCGUAAAUAACUCGACCUUUUAUGAAAGUUGUACUGUAACAGAACACUCUGGUUUAAGAGAAGAUGUGGUAUUUGUUUUUUUCAGCAUUUAAAAGUUUUGCUCCUAAUAUUGCUAUAAUUUUGAGAAAAAAGUGGACAGGUUAGUUGUUGUAUGUGCAUCGAAUUUCCAGGUCUGCAUAGUAUUCAGAUCGAAUGCCAAGGUAGGAUUAUUCGAACAGCUGUUUUACUGCACAGAUUUUAGUAAUAUUCAUGGACACUAGAAUGUGUUGCAUAUCAUGUUACAGAUCUUCUCUAUCUACAUAUUUUUCAUAUAGAUAUCUCAUGUGAUAUAUAAUUUGUAAAUUGGUGCCUUAAUAAUCUACAAAUUCUUGUUAUGACACGUAAUCUACAAUCAAAGAUGACCUUAAUAGUGUUUGAUUUAUAUGAGAGUGCUACUACUUUUUUUUUCAAAAUGUUGAGAACGUGUAAAAUACAGGUGCUCUUUUUAUUGUGUAUGAUUUACUUAACUUUUCUUGUUGACAUAUCAUUAAAUGAUUUGUUCAUUGUAAAUUUUUCAUGAUAUACAUCAUAGAAAUAUGAUCUUGAAAUAAGUUAUACAUUUAUUUUAAUCUUUUAUGUUGUUAUACUUGUUACAAAUGCAAAUAAAUUAUUUUAAAA